UUCAAUGAAGGUGGAUCCAUCUCCCAUUGUGGAUGACAAUAAUUGGAUUGGCAUUGCUUCUUGUGUGGCAUUUGUUGUACAUGGUGCUCCAACUGAAUAUCCUCCUAUUCUAUUUGGUUGUGGUUUUCGUCGUAAUCCAGAUAAGGCCGUUUGUUCCAUUGCUCCAAUACGUCUUAAGAAAGAUUGGAUCACAACUGAAUUAGAUAAUAUGUUGUUAAUGUUUUUAUCCAGGGAUGUUUUCAUUAAUAAUUAUGUAAGUGUUUUAAAAGAAGGAGCAUCUGAUCUUGAUGGUAUUGAAUUGGUUGCAUUGACUCGUUAUCUAGAAGAAGUAGUAGAAGUGAAGAGUUGUGGGUACGGUUGGGUAUUUAAGGAAGAUUUGGAACAUUUAAACCUAAAGAGGAUGUAUAGCGCCAACUCUUCAGCUCACAAUCAGAAGCACAAGUUUUUGAAAAUUCAAGAUGACCAAUAGCUGGCAAUAUUUAUUCAUGAAAUGAAUUAAAAUGUUGUAUUGGCAAAGGUGGAAAGUGUUUAUUUGUUUCCUUGCUUAUUGUAAAUGAAAAGUAUUAUUUUAGCACAAUGCGUCUUUUACUUCUA